AUGAAUGAAGAAAACACUGAGGGAACAAAUGGAUGCAGUAAAGUACGCACUGGCACUCAGAAUGAAGCUGCAUUGCUGGCUCUGAUGGAAAAGACUGGCUACAACAUGGUCCAAGAAAAUGGGCAAAGGAAAUUUGGUGGUCCGCCUCCAGGUUGGGAAGGUCCACCUCCCCCUAGAGGUUGUGAAGUUUUUGUUGGAAAAAUACCUCGUGAUAUGUAUGAAGAUGAAUUGGUUCCUGUAUUUGAAAGAGCUGGGAAGAUAUAUGAAUUUCGACUGAUGAUGGAAUUUAGUGGUGAAAAUAGAGGUUAUGCUUUUGUCAUGUAUACUACUAAAGAAGAAGCCCAAUUAGCCAUCAGGAUUCUUAACAAUUAUGAGAUUCGACCAGGGAAGUUUAUUGGUGUGUGUGUAAGCUUGGAUAAUUGCAGAUUAUUUAUUGGAGCAAUUCCCAAAGAAAAGAAAAAGGAAGAAAUUUUGGAUGAAAUGAAGAAGGUUACAGAAGGUGUUGUAGAUGUGAUUGUCUAUCCAAGUGCAACUGACAAAACCAAGAACCGUGGUUUUGCCUUUGUUGAGUAUGAGUCCCACAGAGCUGCGGCUAUGGCAAGGAGAAAGCUGAUUCCAGGAACAUUUCAACUCUGGGGCCACACCAUACAGGUAGAUUGGGCUGAUCCAGAGAAAGAAGUUGAUGAGGAAACCAUGCAGAGAGUUAAAGUUCUCUAUGUAAGAAAUCUAAUGAUCUCAACUACAGAGGAAACAAUUAAGGCAGAAUUCAAUAAAUUCAAGCCUGGUGCCGUGGAACGAGUAAAGAAACUUAGAGAUUAUGCAUUUGUUCACUUUUUCAACCGAGAAGAUGCAGUGGCUGCUAUGUCUGUUAUGAAUGGAAAAUGCAUUGAUGGAGCCAGUAUUGAGGUAACCCUGGCAAAGCCAGUAAAUAAGGAAAAUACUUGGCGACAACAUCUUAAUGGCCAGAUCAGCCCCAAUUCUGAAAACCUACUUGUGUAUGCUAACAAGGAAGAGAGUCACUCCAAAAGUCUAGGCAAGCCACCAACUCUCCCCACGCGUCUCAAUGGUCAGCAUAGUCCAAGCCCCCCUGAGAUUGAAAGAUGUACUUAUCCUUUUUUUCCUGGAACAAAGCUUACCCCAAUUAGUAUGUAUUCUUUAAAAUCCAAUCAUUUUAAUUCUGCAGUGAUGCAUUUGGAUUAUUACUGCAACAAAAAUAAUUGGGCACCACCAGAAUAUUAUUUAUAUUCAACAACCAGUCAGGAUGGAAAAGUACUGUUGGUGUAUAAGAUAGUUAUUCCUGCGAUUGCAAAUGGAUCCCAGAGUUACUUCAUGCCAGAUAAGCUCUGCACAACGCUGGAGGAUGCCAAGGAACUGGCAGCUCAGUUUACACUGCUUCAUUUGGACUACAAUUUCCGUCGCAGCUCAAUAAAUAGUCUUUCCCCUGUUAGCGCUACCCUCUCUUCUGGGACUCCCAGCGUGCUUCCUUACACGUCAAGGCCUUAUUCUUAUCCAAGUUAUCCCUUGUCACCAACAAUAUCACUUGCUAAUGGCAGCCAUGUUGGACAACGACUAUAUAUCUCCAAUCAGGCCUCAUUCUUCUGA